AUGGGUGUGCGAACUCCGAUCAAGCUGCAAGGGUCGACACAAGCUGCCAGGCCAGCAGCCAUUCGAUUGGUUACGACGGUAAAGGAGCGUGCCGCAACGACACAGGAGAGCCCACAUCAAAUUAUAGCAAAUGUCAUCCCACAAGCUCACGCAGAUGUUGCUGCAAUCAUGCCAAAAAAGGAUGCAUUGAAGAAAACGAUCCGCAGAGCCAGACGAGAUGAAGAAGCACCUGCGCUUCCAAGAAAUAUGCAAGAAUUGGUGAUUCCCCGAGGUUUUAGUGAAAUCGUUAUUGAUGGUGAAGUGCAACAGUUUCUAAUGUACGAUUCGGAGAAUCAACUGAUGCCAGGAAGGAUCCUCAUCUUUUCAACCAGAAGCAACCUUCAUCUUUUGGCCCAAAGUCAAGAAUGGUUUGCAGAUGGCACGUUCAGUACCGCACCAGCUAUUUUUGAACAACUUUACACCCUCCACGCCAUCAAAAACAGUGCCGUUGUUCCGCUAGUGUACGCUCUCUUACCGAAUAAAACAAGAGCUACGUAUGUUACAUUUUUACAACAAUUGAAACGUUUGCAACCUGGACUGCAACCAACUCAACUCAUGACGGAUUUCGAACUCGCUGCCAUGCAAGCAUUUGAAUUGGAGUUUCCAGGUAUUUUAAAGACUGGAUGUUUUUUCCAUUUAUCGCAAUCCGUUUGGAGAAAGGUGCAAAGUGAAGGCCUCAAAGCUCGCUACGAGAAUGACCAUGAGUUCGCUCGAUGGAUUAGAAUGAUUCCUGCUUUGGCGUUUGUUCCUGAACAUAACGUAAGCGACUCAUUCACCGAAUUACUUGAAACCGAAGGAUUUCCUGAAGAGGCUGAAAUCAAGGAAAUCCAAGAAACAAGAAGUAUGUUGCAAUAUCAGCUCGAAUCAAAAGAAUCGUUGAAGAUUUUGAAGAUCGCCAUCUUACCGAUUAUUUGCAUGGGAUAG